AUGAUUUUCGGUACAGAAAACAUACGCACAUGUGCACUUAUGUUCAUUGUGCUUGCCUACUUGAUGUUCGGUGCAGCUGUAUUUGAUGCUUUGGAAUCGAAAGAAGAAGCUCGUACUCGUGCUACAUUAAGACUUAAAAUGGCUCGUAUUUUAUAUAGAAAUGAUACAAUUCAAAAUGAAAGUGCGUUUCAUAGUUUAACAUCAGCUAUAUUUGAAAAUCGACAUGUACGCACUGGAACAGCUAAACAAUGGACAUUUCCUGGUGCUUUCUAUUUUUCAACAUUAGUUGUGACUCUUAUUGGUUAUGGGCACACAACACCAAAGACAAUCGGCGGUAAAAUCUUUUGUAUGGCUUAUACAGUUGCUGGCGUACCUCUCAAUCUAAUUAUGUUUCAAUCGACUGGUGAACGUUUAAAUACGAUUAUUUCCUUUGUGUUAGCACGUCUAAAACGUUUGUUUGGAUUUCGUCGUCAAAAAGUAACCGGUUUUGAAUUAAUUGCUGUUGAAUUUGGUAUGACAACAAUGCUCAUACUCGGUGGUUCAUUUAUUUUUUGUAAACAAGAAAAAUGGACAUAUUUCGAAUCAAUUUAUUAUUCCUUUGUUACUUUUUGGACCAUAGGUUUUGGUGAUUUAGUUCCAUUGGCUAGUGUACAACGUUCAGGCGAAUCACUUUAUUCUCGUUGGGGUUAUUUUGUAUUUACUAUAUCGUUUAUUGUAUUUGGUCUAGCCAUAAUGGCUUCGUCGUUGAACUUGUUAGUACUUCGUCUUGCUCGAUUUCAAUCUGACAACGCUACUAGUGGAGUAUCCGCUCUUCUUAGUCAAAAUGAAGAAGAUCUAAUCGCUGCUGCGAUCGCGCAUCAUCGUGCAUCUGUACAUGUACAACAACAUAAUCGUAUUUGUUUGAAUAAUAACAAUCUAAAUCAUCAUUCAUUGCCAGGACAAGCAUAUGCACUUAUGCACGCAUCUCCAUUGUACUCAGCAUCAUCUUCAUCCACGUCAACGUUUCAUUCGAAUGUCGAUUUAGAUAAAAAUUCAAACAUACGACAUUGUUGUGCCGGAUGUUCGUUAUUGACUUGUCGAAAACGUCGCCGACAUCAUUGGCGUUCACGUCGGUCACCUCAGAAUAUAAAACAUUUACUUUAUUUUGAUCAUAUGAUGGAAAAUCACAAAUUAAAUAUAUUCAGAAGGCCGCAAACUCAUUGUCAAUAUCCAAAUUGCAGUCAACUUCAGUUUUUAAACCGGACCAAUGGAACAGAUUUAAGGAAGCAAAGUAGAAUUUCCAUUUAA